CCCAUUCUCGUCCAGUAUCCUCAUCAGGAAGCGCUUAAAUCAUGUCCAACGUUCCUCAUAUCGUCGACGUGCGUUUUGACGUCAAAAAUCACUGCGACGUCAAAGACACCUCCUAUGAUAUUGUAAACGAAAUUAUCAGCGGGAUUUCUCAGCCCUCAGGCCAAAGGCGCCUCCCCACUCUUCUCCUGUAUGAUGAACGUGGCCUCAAACUCUACGACGACAUCACCACUGAAGCUCCUGAGUAUUAUCUCUUCGGUGCCGAAGAAGAAAUUCUAGCAAACAAUGCAGAUGAUAUUAUUGGGGCGAUGCAUCGUGCUGCAGGAGAAGUCGUACCAGGGGAAGUUGUUCUCGAACUUGGUGCUGGUGCGUUGCGCAAAACCUCGCACAUCCUUGCUGGACUUUCGCGCACUGUUUCCGCUUCAACAGUUCCAGCGCCCAUCACAUACUAUGCUCUCGACCUAGAGAAGCGCGAGCUUGAGCGUACCUUGGAUCAGCUUGCGAAUUCUGACGUUGGUGCAGCUCUUUCUGGUAAAGUCGACAUCAAGGGGAUGCUAGGUACAUAUGACGGUGGCCUCAAAUUUGUUGAAGAUGGUGGUCUUCAUGGAUCUGAAGCUUUGGAUAAUCCAUCCGUUUCCAACUUGAUCCACUCUGCGGUUAGCAGGCCCUCUCGAGAUGCCUCUCCCAGUUCUUUGUCUUCCAAUUCUACAAGGGCACGCACGACUGAGACAGGGGUUACUACACCCUCCACUCCUGGCAAUUCUCAACCACCUCUUCACGUUAUGUUCCUGGGUUCCUCUUUAGGAAACUUUACUCGGCCGGAAGCUGCGGAAUUUCUCCGUUCGCUGCCGUUGCGUUCAGGUUCAGGCGAUACUUUACUUUUGGGCCUAGAUCAUGACAACGAGCCCCGAGAGAUCGAAGAAGCAUACAAUGACCCAAAGGGGUACACCAAGGCGUUCAUAAUGAAUGGGCUGCAGGCCGCCGGGGCAGCUCUUGGAGAUGCAAACGCUUUCGACGAAACCAAAUGGGAAUACGUCAAUACGUACAAUCGAGGAGAGCGUCGCCAUGAGGCAUUUUAUAAGUGCAAGGUUGCACACAGCAUUCAUAUUCCAUCCAUGAAGCUAGAAGUCAUUUUUUCGGAAAAUGAAAUGGUCCAGAUAGAGAGGUCUUUGAAAUUCUCUGAAACCGACGUACAUUCGCUUUUCACUGCAGCCCAAUUGCGUCCGAUUCAACGUUGGAUGGAUAGUUCCUCGCGAUACUCUCUAUGGUUGUUGGAGAGGCCUCCGUUCAUGUUCCCACUAUUGCCCUCGCCUUCAGCAGAGCAAGGCAAGUUUGGUGUGCCUGCCACCAAAGACUGGCAGAACUUGUGGUCUGCAUGGGACUUUGUCACAUUGCAGAUGAUACCGCCUGCUAUGCUAUUCCAGAAGCCAAUUGACUUGAGGCAUAUUUGUCUCUUCUACAUAGGUCACAUCCCUACCUUCCUAGACAUACAUCUGUCUCGCUUGUUAGGAGAGGCACAUACGGAACCCAUCGAAUAUAAGGAUAUCUUCGAACGGGGCAUUGACCCAAACGUUGAUGAUCCUGGACAGUGUCACCCACACUCUGAAGUUCCCGAUCGCGAGGAAGAUUGGCCUUCCCUCAAUUCUAUGCUGUUGUUCCGUGAUCGAGUUCGGGACCGAUUGAUGAAGUUAUAUGCCGAUGUUGAUGCUGGCACUAUCCAAAUGACCAGAAAGAUUGCCAGGGUUCUUUGUAUGACUCACGAGCAUGAGGGGUUCCAUAUCGAGACACUCCUAUAUAUGCUACUUCAGCGUGCAGGAACGGGUACUAUCCCACCUCCUGAAUUUACACCCCCGUCUUGGGACUCUCUUGCUGUUUCGUGGAACUCUGCUGAAGAACCCCUCAAUCCUGUUGUAACAGUCGGCCCUAGCGUGGUAACCCUAAGGAUCGACGAUGUUGAAGCUGAUGAUAAUGAUCCUGUCAAGUCGAAGGAAGUAUUAGGGCACGAUUUCGGCUGGGACAAUGAAAGCCCACCUCAACAGGUGCACGUGGACGCGUUCCGAAUUGAAUGGAGGCCCGUAACCAAUGGUCAAUUUUACGAGUUCUACAACAGCGACAAUAGAAAAGAUAAAGUUCAGCUCCCUGCAAGCUGGGUUGAAUGUGAAGAUGGAACCUAUGUGCGCACAUUGUAUGGUCCAAUCCCUAUGAAAGUGGCUUGGAAAUGGCCCGUUAUGACAUCUUAUGACAAUCUUUCUGCGUAUGCCAGCGUUAAAGGCGGACGCAUCCCAACUGAACCGGAGCUUCGUACUUUCUUGGACAAAUUCGAGUCUGGUUAUGAGGGUGGAUCCAAUGUCGGAUUCAGAAACUGGCACCCAAUUCCGGCUACGACGGGUGGGACGAGGAACGGAGGGAUGGGGCAUAACGGAGGGGUUUGGGAGUGGACUUCUACUAUUUUUGAUCGUUAUGACGGUUUCGUUCCGUCCAAGUUGUAUCCUGGAUAUUCUGCGGAUUUCUUUGACGAGUGCCACCAGGUUGUGAUUGGUGGCUCGCAUGCUACAAUUCCUCGCAUCGCAGAAAGGCAUAGCGUGCGUAACUGGUACCAGCGAAACUAUCCGUAUCCUUGGGUUGGCGCCAGGGUUGCAUACGAUAUUACCGAAUGAACAAAGUGUAUGUGAAGGUGAACUCUGUCUGUUGUAACAACUUGUAUAGGAAUGUGUAACAAUAACCGCGACCAAAGGCGUGUGUAUGCUACCGUGAUUUGGUUUAUGAAAUAUGACAUUUUAGGUCAGACCCUGAUUAUCAAGUUCCGCAAGCAGCAAACUGUGGACACUAGUUAGCGCUCAGGUACUUCUCCUGUCAACCUGUCAUACGAUCAAAUUCAUAGAAUAAGAUGCGGUAC